AUGAGUGCAAAGAAACAGAAGUACCUUGACGAAUACGUUCGAUUUAGAUUCGUGUCCCUCCAGAAGUCCCCCCAAUGUGUGAUAUGUUACAAAACUGCGAAAAAUGAUAGAAUACGACACUCACGUUUGGAACGCCACUCGAGGACAACACAUCUUGCUCUUGGAGAUUACCCGAAGGCAUUCUUUGAAGCAAAAAGAUAUUCCUUGAAGCAAGCAAAAUUGGACGGUAGUGGGGCAUUUCGGCAACAAAUUUCAAUGGCUGUUGUGGCUUUCUAUGAGAUCACCAUGUUGAUUGCAAAGGGUAAGAAGAGCCAUAACAUCGUAGAGUCUCUCAUAAAACCAAGUCUACUCCGUGCAGCAGAAUUCGUUCCGGGGAAAUAUAGUGCAAAUAAGCUUUCCCAGAUUUCAUUAUCAAACGAUACAGUCAAUGGAAGGAUCGAUGACUUGUCACAAGACAUCAAAGAUCAAAUUCUUGACCAAAUAAGAGAUUCUCCUGUUUUUGCCAUUCAGUGUGACGAAACGACUGAUAUUCUGUGUUCUCAGAUACUGGUAUAUCCUCGUUUUGUGUCAGGCAAUUGCGUAAAAGAGGAAAUGUUCUGUCACCCUAUGGAUAGUGGUACAACAGCAGCAGCUAUUUUUCGUGUUGUAUCAAACUUCUUUCAGGAAAAUCGGCUUUCAUGGGAUUUGAUGGUAGGAGUGGGUACUGAUGGAGCUCCAAGCAUACUUGGUCUGAAGUCUGGAUUCAUUAUUAGGGAGAAAGAACAAAAAAACCCAUCUGUUGCAUGUACACACUGCAUACUUCAUCAUGAAGUCUUAGCAUCCAGAACCUUACAUACUGAAAUGAGAAAUAUCCUGAGCAUGGUUAUCAAGGUUGUCAACUUUGUUAAAGCUGGAGCCUUAAACAGUCGUCUUUUCAAACUGUUGUGUAAAGAUGUGGAAUCUGAACAUGAAGCAAUGCUUUUUCACACGAACGUACGAUGGCUAUCAAAGGGAAACAUGCUUGGACGGCUUUAUGAACUACGUGAAGAAGUAGCAAUAUUUCUUGAUUUGCAGCAGAAGGCAGAUCUCCAUGGCAAAUUCCAGUCUGAAGGCUUUCAGCUAUCUCUAGCUUACCUGGUGGACAUAUUCGAAGUGUUGAAUGCUUUCAACCUUAAACUACAAGGGGAAAAUAUCACCAUUCUCACGCCCCAUAACACCACUCAAACCUUCGUGGCUAAACUCGUCCUUUGGAAAUGUCGAAUUCAGCAGGGAAAUACAGCCAGUUUUAGUUAUUUGGAUUCUGCUCUCAUUCACAGUAACCUUUUAUCCUGA